GGCUGCCCUGCUGACCGGUCGCUUCCCGGUGCGCUCGGGGAUUUACCCCGGGGUGUUCGACCCGAGCUCGCGAGGAGGACUGCCCCUCGCCGAGGUCACCAUCGCAGAGCUGCUGAAGGCUGAGGGCUAUGCCACGGCCAUGGUUGGCAAGUGGCACCUUGGCGUGGGGAUCAAUGGAUCCUUCCUGCCCAUCCACCAGGGAUUUGACCACUUCCUGGGGGUUCCCUACUCUCAUGACCAGGGCCCCUGCCAGAAUCUCACUUGCUUCCCACCCGACAUCAAGUGUUUUGGGACCUGUGACCAAGGUGUGGUGCCUCUCCCACUGCUCUGGAACCAGACCAUUGUGCAUCAGCCAGUCUCCUUCCCUGACCUGGUGCCACUCUACAACAAGUUCUCCCGGGAUUUCAUCGCUGACUGUGCCCGACGAGGCCUCCCUUUCCUGCUCUACUAUGCCUCCCAUCACACCCACUACCCCCAGUUUGCGAGCCAGGAGUAUGCAGGGCAGUCACGACGUGGACCCUUUGGGGAUGCUCUGGCAGAGUUCGAUGGCUCCGUGGGACAACUGCUGCAGGCACUGCAGGAAAACGGCCUGGAAAACACCACCUUGGUGUUCUUCACUUCUGACAAUGGCCCUUCCACCAUGAGGAUGGCACGUGGAGGCAGCUCAGGCCACCUGAAGUGUGGGAAGGGCACAACGUAUGAAGGUGGUAUGAGGGAACCAGCAGUGGCUUAUUGGCCAGGCCGUAUCGCUCCAGGAGUGACACACGAGCUGGCGAGCACCUUGGAUAUCCUGCCAACUCUGACUGCCCUGGCCAGAGCAGCUCUUCCCAAAGUGCCCCUGGAUGGCUACGACCUGAGCCCUGUGCUGUUUGGGUCGGGGAAGAGUCCCCGUCAGACCAUGUUCUUCUACCCUCCUGCUCCUGACCCCCUGCACGGCCCCUUUGCUGUCAGGCUUGGCAAGUACAAGGCUCACUUCUUCACCCAAGGUUCCUUUCACAGCGACACGACCCCAGACCAGGACUGCCAUGGGCUGACCCCGCUGACCCCUCACCUGCCCCCACUGCUCUUCGACCUGGAGUCAGACCCUGCUGAGAACUACAACCUGCUGCAGGGUGGUGCAGGGCCAGAGGUGCUGCAGGUCCUGAAGGACAUCACCCUGCAGAAGGUGCUGCUGGAGCAGCGCAUGGAGUUUGGGGAAAGCCAGAUCAGGAAGGGUCAGGAUCCUGCCCUGCAGCUCUGCUGUGCACCCAACUGCAGCCCAAAGCCUUCCUGCUGCCACUGCUCCCAGCCUCGUGCUGCUCCUCACUGA